GACGGAGAAGAUACCCAAGCUAAAGAAACAGUUAGAAAAGAGUAAAUUCAUUUUUUUGUAAAUUUUGUUGACAAGUUAAUUGUCAAUUUUUGUAAAAAUUGUCAUGUCCAAUUAAACUUAAUAACAAUCAACUAAUAAACCCUUUUCUAGUCAAAUGCUCUUAAUUGAGCUUCUCUAGUCCGGCAACGCUGUCAAUUUUAAAAGGAUUCAGAGUAUUUUCAUAUUAUUUUUUAACUAAUCAAAUUUGUAAUCAUUUAUUGGUCUUCUGAUGAUUCUCAUGGCUUAAAGUGCAAAUUUACUUGAUUUUAUCAAGCUGACUUCAACCAAGAAAGGUGGCCUGUCUUCUGGUUACACUGAAGGCUGCCUGGUAAAGUUUAGCUACUAUGUCUGCAGAAGUGGGUUACACGAAACGAACGACGGCUGAGCUGUCUCGAUGCUUUAAUGGACUAUCCUUAUCGAGAAACAACUAUAAAAAUAAUGGUUCAACUGCCAAUGGAUCAGCGGCAUCUUCUAAGUCUGUGAACAAUGAAGAGGAUGAUGAAUUGGACGCUGUUACUAAGUCUUUCCAAGAACAAAACUUGAGAGAACGAUCGGGUGAAAAGUUAAACGGGUUAAGCAAUCAAAUUUGCAAGGAGGAGAAAGUUUUGAAAAACGGUGCUUCCCCUAAUCAUCAAUCAAAUGGUAGAACAAUUAUACCUCUAUACGAAUCUGAGCUUUUCUUGAAAAUCCAAUACAAAGCAAAUUUAAUGGAUUCCGAGGAAACCAAAGAUUUCGAUUAUAAUGAUUCCAAUGAUAAUGAUUCCAAUGAGGCCAUGAUAACGCAGUCACCAACCAUAAUAAACUUAUUCGAAGCGUGUCAGCUAACUCCUUCAAAACGUCCACCUCCUGUUGCCCCUCCAAAAACUAGUAAAGCUCGACGGAGAAAUUUUCUACUUAGCCUUCAAAAACCAGCUACAGAAUUCGAGUUGCUUCGUGAUGUAAAAUUUUUGCAUUACUUUUUUAGAUUCUUUACUUCCAGAGAUCGAUGCCUUCUUGCUCAGGUUUGUCCUACAUGGAAAGAUGUAUUAUACAGUGAUCCAAAAUUUUGGUAUGGGUUAACGCCUGUUGUUUAUACAAAUGAACUAAGGAGGUUGCCAGUUAAAAAUAGCCCAGAUCCUCCAGAUCCAUGGUUAAUCGGACCUUACAUCAGAAAACGGAUAGAAAUGUUUCGAAAUCAAGAAUCUAUCGAUUCAACUUCAUCCGAAGAAAGUGUACUAAGCGAUACAUCCUUAGACGAAAGAUAUAAUUUUCACCCAAAUAGAGUUAAAGAUGAGCUUUAUGCUAGCAUAGAGAGAAGAUGUUUUAGUUCUAUUAUUCUUUACGCAGCCAAUGAUGAUGAUAUUCUCGACUUUGUUACCAAACUUUCACCUUCUGGACUUAGAUGUAUACAAUCAGCAUCCAUACGCUGUUCGACUAUAACUGACAAAGGACUUGAUAUUUUUCUUGCGUCUUUAAGUCAAUCAUUGAUACAACUCGAACUGACCAGUUGCAAUGAAAUUAGUGAUUCUGGUUUAUGGACUAGUUUAGUGCCACAUCUUCAAUCAUUAACAAUUCGCGAUUGUAUAAAUAUAAGUGACGAAACUAUCGCAGCAACUUCACAAAUGUUAACUGAAUUACAAGAAAUGUGCCUUCAGACAUACCAUAUGUCCGAUGCUAGUACUAGUUUUUUCGGUCCUGUUACCCUGCGAAAGAACCUUAAGGCUCUGCGCUUAGAAAAUUGUUGGGAGCUGACUAAUCAAGGAGUUGUUAAUAUUGUUCACAGUCUUCCUCAUAUUGAAAGACUGGGGUUAUUAGGAUGUUCGAAGAUCACAGACGAAGCUAUUGAAAUGAUGUCUGAUAGAGUCAGGCGUUUGAAAGUUUUGGAUCUAUCCUGGUGUGCGAGAAUCACUGAUAUAGCUCUUCAAUACAUUGCUUGUGAUUUAUCACUCAAUCUUCGAGCUCUUAAUUUUGACAGGUGUUCGGGUAUUUCUGAUGUGGGAGUCGGAUACAUCUCUAAACUUCCACACUUAAUUAUUCUCUCUCUUCGUUGCUGCCCUCAACUCAGUGACUCAUCUCUACUUAGUAUUUGCAAUUUGAAGAGACUCAGAUUAUUAUAUUUAGCAGGUAAUCCGCUAUUCACCUUCAAAGGUUUAAUACAUUUGACUCAUUUGGAUGAAUUGCAGUUGGUUGAACUAACAAAUUGUCCAGCAGUGACCGACGAGCUUGUUCAAUUCAUGAGGACCAGAAACCCAGGCUGUGAAGUAGUAAAAGGAUAAAUUGAUUGUCGGAGUUAAAGUCGAUCUUAAAAGUAUUAUAAAACCUCAAUCAAAGCCCAAAAUAGUUUGACCAGAACGUUCAAACUGGACUCUAGCAAUUUUAAUAAUUUAUUUUGAUUAAUUUAAUUUUUGGUAAUGCUAUUAAGCGUCGUCAACCAAAUAUGUUUUAAUUUAUCUUGUAUCGAUAGCGCAAGAUGAUAUUUUCAAUCAUAUAAUACUAUAACAACUUUGUAAGUAUUAUUCAUGAAUCAUGACCAAAAUUGAGUUUUUUAAAAUAUUUUUAACCAUUUAAAGGAUAAUUAUCUACAGUAAAACUGUGAAUCAAUUAAAUUAUAUUCUUUAAAAGAUGAAGUUUAGGUUCAAUUUGAUUUUCUUUGUUUUUAUAAAGUGAUAGAUUUAGAUGUAGAUUCACCAAAAUUGCAUUGAAAAUCAAUUUUCAGCUCAGUAUAAAAAAUCUAAUCAAUUAAUCUUUAUUUUAUGAUCGCCCGAAAACUACAAUCAAAAUCGAAAUCUUAGCCUAAAACGUUCCAAUUAGAAAACAAAGAAAACUAAAUUGUUUUUAAACUCCAUUUUUCUAUGCUGUAUUACAAUUACUAAUUGGUAAAGGUAAAUGUCAAUAAUGCUCAAAAUUAAGAACAUAAUUCUUUUCCAUUGCAAACUAUUCAAAUGUAUUUAUAAUCAUGUACAAUGAUACCAGACAUUUUACUGUAAA